AUGUGGUUCUGUGCUGUGAUCUUGGCUUCUCUUGCUGCCUCCACAGUUUGGGGGCAGACAACUGCACCACCUGUGGUGAACACCAGGCAGGGCAAAGUCCUGGGGAAGUUUGUCAGUGUAGAAGGAGUGGCACAGCCUGUGGCUGUCUUCCUCGGAAUCCCCUUUGCCAAGCCCCCACUGGGAUCCCUGAGGUUUGCACCACCAGAGCCUGCAGAACCAUGGAGCUACGUGAAGAACACCACCUCCUACCCACCCAUGUGUUCCCAAAUCACAACAGAGGAUUCACUGAAUCCAGAUUUAAAUCCCAAUAGGGAAAAUGUUACUCUUAAAAUGUCUGAAGACUGCCUUUACCUAAAUGUCUAUACUCCAAGCAACUUGGUGAAGAAAAGCAGAUUGCCAGUGAUGGUGUGGAUCCAUGGAGGUGGUUUAGUGACUGGUGCAGCAUCAUUGUUCAAUGGACUGACCCUGUCCGCCCAUGAGAAUGUGGUGGUGGUGACCAUUCAGUACCGCCUGAGCAUCUGGGGAUUCUUCAGCACAGGAGAUGAACACAGCCGAGGCAACUGGGGUCACUGGGACCAGGUGGCUGCAUUGCGCUGGGUCCGGAACAACAUUGCCAACUUUGGAGGGAACCCAGGCUCUGUGACCAUCUUUGGAGAGUCAGCAGGAAGUCGAAGUGUGUCUUUUCUUGUUUUAUCACCGCUGACCAAGAACCUCUUCCGUCGAGCUAUUUCAGAGAGUGGUGUCGCCCUCACCUCUGGCCUUUUCAGUAGGAACCCAAAGCCCUUGGCUGAGAAAAUUGCUGUCACAGCUGGGUGUUCUACCACCACCUCAGCUGUCAUGGUUCACUGCCUGCGCCAGAAGACAGAGGAGGAACUCCUGGAAGUAGCACGAGAAAUGAAAUUUUACACUCUCAAUUUUGAUGAUGAAGACCCCACAAAGAGCUACCGCUUCAUGACCACAGUAAUUGAUGGAGUGCUACUGCCAAAAGCACCUGAAGAGAUUCUGGCAGAAAAGAAAUACAACAGAGUCCCCUACAUUGUGGGAAUUAACAAGCAGGAGUUUGGCUGGAGCCUUCCAAAGACACUGGGCUUUCAAUUCUCUGAAGGAGGCCUGGACCAAGAGACAGCCACAGAACUCUUAUGGAAAUCCUACCCGCUUGUUAACAUCUCUAAAGAACUGAUUCCAGUGGCCAUUGAAAAAUACUUGGGAGGAACAGAUGAUCCUGUGCAAAAAAAGGACUUGUUCUUGGACUUAAUUGGAGAUGUGUUUUUUUGUUUUCCAUCUGUGACUGUGGCUCGUUAUCAUAGAGAUGCUGGAGCCUCCACCUACAUGUAUGAGUUUGCAUAUAGUCCAAGCAUCUUAUCAGAGACAAGACCUUUGACGGUGAUAGGAGACCAUGGGGACGAAGUCUUCUCUGUCUUUGGGAUCCCACUUUUCACAGAGGGUGUGUCAGAAGAGGAACUCCAACUGAGCAAGAGGAUGAUGAAAUUCUGGGCCAACUUUGCUCGAAAUGGGAACCCCAAUGGGAAGGGGCUUCCUCAGUGGCCAAAGUACGACCGCCAGGAAGGAUACCUGCAGUUCGGAGCCUCCACCCAGGCAGGCCAGAAGCUGAAAGACGAGGAAGUGGCUUUCUGGACUGAGCUCCUUGCUAGAAGGCCGUGA